AUGGCUAAUCUUAGAACUCAAAAGAGACUUGCCGCCUCCGUCGUUGGCGUUGGUAAGAGAAAGAUCUGGUUGGACCCUAACGAGACCACCGAGUUGGCCGCUGCUAACUCUCGUCUGGCCAUCAGAAAGUUGUACCGUAACGGUGCUAUUGUCAAGAAGCCUGUCACCAUCCACUCUAGAUCUAGAGCCAGAGCUCAUGCCGAGUCCAAGAGAAACGGUAGACACAUGGGUUACGGUAAGAGAAAGGGUACUGCUGACGCUCGUAUGCCUUCUCAAGUCGUUUGGAUGAGAAGAUUGAGAGUCUUGAGAAGAUUGUUGGCUAAAUACAGAGACGCUGGCAAGAUCGACAAGCACUUGUACCAUCAAUUGUACUUGUCUGCUAAGGGUAACACCUUCAAGCACAAGAGAGCUUUGGUCGAGCACAUCAUCCAGGCUAAGGCCGAGGCUGCUCGUGAGAAGUCCUUGAAGGAGGAGGCUGAGGCUAGAAGAGUCAGAAACAGAGCUGCCAGAGAGAGAAGAGCCCAGAGAAUCGAGGAGAAGAGACAAGCUCUCUUGCAGGAGUAA